AUGUCCUUUAAAUCUGCUGGUAGCAAUGCCAAAACCACUAAACGCACGGGGGGAAAAAUGGCUCAGCCAGUAUCAAAAAAAUUCUCCAGCCAAAACACUUUAUUGGAAAAAGUUUCAAAAAAACAAAUUGUUGAGCAAAAUGAAAUUAAACCGGAUCAAGACAGCACUCUGGAUUUUGAUCAAGAGUUGAGCGAAUUAGAUGAACAGGAUCAAGAUCUCCUUCAAAAUGCUGACGAGAGUAGUGACGAUGCCGAGGAGGUGGAAGAUGAAGACCAGCACCUUGAUCCUUUAGAUUUAUAUAGUAAACACUUUGGAGAUGCCAUGUCAGAGCCACUGGAAACUUUAUCGGCCGCGGUUGACGCUGCGCAUUGGACUAUGGAUGCAGAUGAACACGAAAUCCUCCAUCGUAUCAUGACAUCCGUGCUUGUAGAUGAACCUGCAAUCACGAUCCCUCAACCCACCGAUCCUCAGUUGUCACUUGAUAAGCUUGGAGUCAAGAGUCGUGUUGCAAUGCAAUGGGAUACAGUUAAUGGGCAACUUUCCAAAAAAACUGGCAAGUCGGCAAAUUAUUGUAAUAACAAAUGGUAA